CGACCAUCCUCUCAUUACGCAAUGGCCCCUCGGCGGCGUAUCAGACGUGGGUCACCAGCAGGUAGUGAAAGCGACACGGCGGAACCACAGCUGGUAUCUCAUCCGGGAAACGUGGGCUUACUUGCCCUCCCACCUGAACUUCUGGAAGACAUUCUCGUGUUGCUCGCCGAGUUAGGGCACCCAAAAACCAUUUCAGCUUUGGCCAAGACAUGCCGGACACUGAGGCAGCUCAUAUACGCCCCUCAAGACAAGUUCCUAUGGCGUCGGAUGCUCCUCGCGACCUUCGACGAUCCGAGGAGCAUUCAAGUCGAACCUGGCUUCAACUGGGCCUCAGACUAUCAGGCGCGGGUCGAGGCAACUCUUUUCAUCGAGUAUCGCCGUAGGUCCGCUGGCAAACAAACAAGCAUCGAAGUUCGCCGGUAUUCCCCUCGAAGUUCAACGAAAGUGGCCUCAGCCACUUCUAGAGCGAAGCGGCGAGCUAGCCACUCUUCCGAUGCUGUCGCGACCUCGGGAGCGGACUACACGGUGGCUUUGCAAACUUUACUAUCCAUUCUUGACACUUCCUGUCCCGUCAGCAAGCCCACUCGCGAUUCUGAGAAGCAGCCAUGGGAAAACCCAAACCUUAUCGCACUGUCCCUGCGCGAAGCAUCCGUCCGCGCCCCGCCAUUCCCUCCUUACCUUACGACGGUUCUGCCGGAAGUGCUAGAUGCGGCAUCUACCACCGCCACAGACGGGAAGUCGGACGCCGGCUCUGUAGAUCUCCCACCCAUUGUCCGUCCUAGUAAGAACUUGGCCUACAUCAAGCGGCUUCUUUCAUCCGAUGUCGUCCCUGAUUUUGUAUCGUAUCUCACCACGCCAGCCACCAGCGAGCGCCGCUCGCCGUGGCAGUCUACGCCCGAGGCCCGAGCUCUCAAUCGGCUCGUUUCCACUUUCGGUAUCUCUGCGUUCCUGCAGACGCCACGCCGCGACUGGACUCGUGGUCGCCAAGAAGAUGAAAAUGAUACCGUCCAUCGUAAAGCCAUAUACCCGAACGCCGAUCAGAACACCGCACUGGCCGAGCUAUUCAAUAGCAUCCGGCAUGCGUCCCAGAAAAAGGUCUACGAUAUGAAUUAUCUCAGCCGCAAGCGGGCGUGGGGUCCUUUCCUCCGAGUUCACUCAGACAAGAGCGAGAGGCAGGACGCGAUGAGCGCGUCAUCAUCGGACGAUGAAGACGGAGAGUACCAUCACAUUCCGGAGCAGACGCCGUCGGAUUCCGAGGCUUCCCAGUCAGACUCUGAAGAAGACGGGGAGGACGAGGAGAACCAGGAUUACGUCCCUCCGCACCAACGCAAUACAGAGCCAAAACCCCUCCCGCAACCUGAGGACUUGCAGGCGGACUGGGAGCACCUCGCCGCCAUUCGCAUCGUUGUUCAGGCGAAGCUGGAAGAAAAACUCAAUAUGCUCCAGACCGACGCCGGACAGUGGUUCGAGCCUGGGCAGGUCGAAGAGAUCCUCAAGACACUGCUAGGGUGGGAAAAUGUGCGGUCUUGCGUCUGGACUGGUGCUCAAGCAAAGAGGAAAACUAAGCAAGAAGAAGGCUCGAACUCUCAGCGGCAGGCAACCAAGAUUUCCAAUAGUACUGGCAUUUCCGGCUCAUCUGGUCAAGCGGCUUCGUUGCUCAGGUCGCCGAGCGAGCCGCUAACAGAAUGGGAUUGGGCAGGUGUGGAAGGGGUUUGGCGACGAUGCGUCUGUUGGUUGGACUACCAUGAUCUAAUAUAUAACAACUGGCGCGGGUUUCAGUCUAUGGAUGAUCUCGAAGAAGCAACAAUUACAGUACCACUUGCGCUCCACAUAACCGGCUUCUCUCCAUCCACAAUCCCAGAGUAUAAAGACUUCCCGACCAUUCACUUCGACUCAAGGCGAUACCCUACUAUUCACAUGGAAGGCACGAUGGGAGGUGCUGAAUGGGCUUACAACGGCGGCGCGCAGGAAGACGUUCGCCAUAUCAAGGGCUCGGUCAGAGUGUGCAGCGACGGCAGCGUGUGGUGGUCAAUGCUCUCUUCUGUGCAAGGCUCACCAACGGAAUGGGAGUGGUCGUCAGAAGGUAUUCAAAUCGGUGCAGCGCUGGGCACUGGAGGGCCCAUCGGAGUGCGCUCUGGGUGCGGCGUCCUUGGCCUUUGGACGGGUUGGGAGCACGAGGCUGAAGAUCCGAUCGGCGCGUGGUGGCAAUGGAAAGUCGCGUAGGACACAGAGGAUCCGUGGAUUUAUGACGGAGUAUCAGAUGAGUUAUUGUAAGUGAUACAUGUACCAUAGCUGCUGCGUUAUGCGAAGGAACGGUGAAAAGCCCGUGCAUUAUUACAUUCGCUGUGUAGUCGGCUCUAACGAUGUAGCGACGAGCGCGAAGCAGUCACUUCAGCACAAAC